AUGGCAACGAAGGAGGGGAAGUCAAAUAAGUUGAGCUUCCAGCUCAAGACGCCCAAGGGCACGAGGGAUUGGAUUGGUGUUGAUAUGAUCCUACGUGAAUCGAUCUUCAGCGCCAUCAGCGAAGUGUUCAAACGCCACGGCGGUACCCAACUCGAUACCCCGGUUUUCGAACUCAAGGAGAUCCUGGCGGGCAAGUAUGGCGAGGACUCUCGUCUGAUUUAUGAUCUUGCCGACCAAGGUGGAGAGGACAGUGCGCUUAGAUAUGAUUUGACGGUGCCGCUUGCGCGGUGGCUUGCAAUGAACUCUUCGGUUCAGCACAUUAAACGAUAUCAGAUUGCCAAGGUGUAUCGACGAGAUCAACCGGCAGUUGCAAAGGGGCGGAUGCGCGAGUUCUACCAGUGUGACUUCGAUAUCGCCGGUUCUUACGACGCUAUGAUUCCCGAUGCCGAGAUCCUGAGAAUAGUGGUGGAGGUCUUUGAAGCGCUUGGGAUGCAGGAUUAUAUCACGAUUAAGCUCAACCACCGGAAGAUCCUGGACGGAUUAUUUGGGGCCUGUGGGGUUCCCGAAGAUAAAAUUCGUUCGAUAAGCUCGGCAGUUGACAAACUUGACAAGCUUCCAUGGGACCAAGUCAAACUUGAGAUGGAAGAGAAAGGACUGGCAUCUGAAGUUGCGGAUAAGGUUGGAGAAUACGUGAAGUUGAGCGGUGGCCGUGAAAUUUUGGACGCCAUCAAGGCCGACGAGCUUCUUUCCGCAAAUGAGAAUGUUAAGAAGGGCGCCGAGGAUAUGGAGCUUCUAUUCAAGUAUCUCGAGGCUUUCGACGUACUAGACAAGGUCUCUUUUGAUCUUUCCCUUGCCCGAGGCUUGGAUUACUACACUGGUCUGAUUUACGAGGUUGUUACACCUCUUUCCUCCCCAGAAGGAUUCGCCAAGUCCCAGAAGAAGUCCUCUAAGUCAAACGGCGAUGAUCCUAACGUCGGUGUGGGCAGUAUUGCUGCAGGUGGACGCUACGAUGACCUGGUCAACAUGUUCAGCAAGAAGCGUCAGAUCCCUUGUGUCGGCAUCUCAUUUGGUGUUGACCGAAUUUUUACAAUCAUGAAGCAACGACUUGAGCAGGAUGCCAAGGAAGGAAAUUCUACUGUUCGCGCCAGCGAAUCCGACGUCUUCGUCAUGGCUUUCGGUGGAAAAGGUUUUAGUGGCAUGCUCGUCGAGCGCAUGUCUGUUGCCAAUCAGCUGUGGAAGGCAGGCAUCAAGACCGAAUUUGCCCAAUCAGUCAAGCCUAGGCUACCGCAGCAAUUUAAGCUGGCUGAGGCAGGCGGCAUCCCACUUGCUGUAAUUCUCGGAGAGGACGAAUUAGCAGUUGGCAAGGUCAAGCUAAAGGAGCUUGGUUUGCCAGAAGGUCACCCAGAAAAGGACGGUUAUUUGGUCUCGAGGGAGAACCUAGUCGAAGAGGUUCAGAAGAAGCUGAACAAGACCACGCUGCCGAUUCGCUAA